AUGUCCAUGCCUCAUACAGUCGUCGACCCUCCUCCCCUACACUACUCCACCACCCUUCCUCCGCCACCGGUUUCCAAAAAGCAGCCUUCCAAAUUCUCUCGCUCCAUCCUCAAACUCUUCAAAUUCGUAUUCAAGUUCAGACAAAGUUCGAGUCAUUCGGUUUUGUGGUUGAAACAAAGAUCGCUGGGGGACUACUUCGUAGUUUACGACAAGACGGGUGCACUCACGACCAUCCCCGAGGUCCCGGAGAUCGAUUUUGGAGGACUUUCGCCGGAGAUUAACUCGAUGGUAGUCGAGAGAAGUGAAUCGGAAAGAUUCACUGCAGCCUCCACUGUCGGUAUUUCAUGUGCUUAA